AUGAAGUACCUCUCACUCUUAGCCAUCCUGGCCAUACUGGCCAUCACCGCCAACGCCAUCGCCCUCCCGGAAGCAGACCCCUACAAAUACAAAUUCACCUGGCCAGGCAGAAAGAUAGGCCGGUGCAAGUCCCUAGGCCAAGGCUGCUGGAGAGUCAAAUGCAGCGCCGCCACCUUCGCCAUCGCCCUCACAAAGGACGACCUCGUCGUCGACCGCGACUCCCCGCAGGCCCUCAACUCCCACGCCCGGAGUGGCGCCGCGUUUCAAGCCGAACGCGCGCUCGACGAGCUCGCCGACGUCGUUGCCUUCUCGCAGGACGAUCCGUUCUUCUACUACGGCGUGCUGGACAUCGGGAACCACUUAGUGGCUGAUACACCAGGGACCGAGACCUUUCCGCGCCGUGCGUUGAAGGCGGAGUGGGUUUGGUGCAAUGGGAAGUUCAUUGGAUAG